CCACUCGAAAAUAAAAUUCAUAUCUUCGCGCCACCGUGUAAUAUCCUCUCUAUAUAUCUGAUUUCGUUAAAACGUGGCCACUGGGUUUUCGCCUGGCGCCGGGCGCAGCCCGGUGCCAGGCCAGUUCGGUGCCCAAAAAUGUAGGGGGCUUGCCGUCUUGAUCGGUACAGCUGGAUAGCCCAGGGACUGCCCUAACAGUGGGUGGGUGGAUGAGGCCCUGGGGUCAAAACUAGUGGGGUAGGGAGGGGGCUGUUUUGACACAACCCCUUCAGUAAGCAACAGUGUUCAGUGCAGGCUUUGACUGGCGAGUACCUUGGUCUUAAUUUGCCCUAGCCAGCUGAAUCAGGCCUGUGAUGAGGAUGAUUAUCAUGAUAAUUGCAGAGCUCAGUGGGAGGUGCAGACAGUCACCCAUUGUCCUGGGUGGGGAGGGUCAAAGCCUUGGUACCAAGGACGCACUUAGCGUAGGACCUUUAGACACUCACUGAAGCAUCUCACUUGACUCGCCUUAACUUCUUUAUUGCAGUCAAGUUUAAAGUCACUUGCGGAGAAGGCAUUCUUGCAUGUGGAUACUCGGUCGGGAUUUAACAUGCUCACAGCGGCGGUCAUUGAAGGAAAUUGCGACGUUGUUUUUAAGGCGCACGUGCUACUCAGUCAUUUGAAAAUACCGAUGGGACUUUCAGCAGUAGCUGAUACUCUCGCAAAUGUUGAAAUCAAAAGGCCUGAUCAUCACAAAAUCGAAAAAAUUUACCGGGCGACAGUGGAUAAAGUCAAGACACUGUCAGAGCUGCACAAAUGUAGAUGCGGUAAUGAUGCGGAGAAGGCAGUAGAGCUUGUGUUAAAUGAUGGCCUGGAUAUAAACACUCCUGCAUUGUGUAAUCGCACACCUUUGUUGUUGGCGAGUCUAUCAUCCUCUGGUGAGUUUAUCGAGACCCUUAUCGACCUUGGUGCUAACGUUAAUGCCCAAAGAACCGACGGCAAAGGAACACCUUUGAUCUUAUCUGCUGAUUGGAACAACUUCAUGGCAGUGUACUUGCUUUUGGAUCAUGGAGCUGAUGCUAAUAUCGCUAGAGCUGAUGCAUGUACUCCACUGCACCUUGCAGUGAUAAAUGGUCAUCAAAACCUUGUCAAAUUAUUUCUGGAAAAGAACGCGUUAAUAAAUACUCAGGAUGCUGAAGGCAAUUCACCACUCCACACAGCUGUCAGCAAAGGAUUUUUUGACAUUACCAAGCUUCUGGUUAAAAAGGGAAGCAACGUCAACCUUCAAAAUAAAGAAGGAAGAACCCCUCUUUUUCUUGGUGUAAAGAACAAACAUGAACAGCUCAUCAAACUCUUGAUUGAAAACGAGGCUGAUGUAACUAUUGGAUACAAGGAAACCUCUACCGAAAGAAUUUACCUAGUUCGAGGGAAAGACAAAUGUAGAGCAGCUUGGCGUUAUGUCUUGGUAAAGAAACAUUUGUUGGGUUUAUUUCUGAAACGAACAAAUGGAGGCAGUCUUAACGUGGCAGACUUUGGAGCUAUUCUUCGUAGUGGGUUUGGAAAGGAUCCUCAAGAAGGCACAAUUGACAAGAUACUUAAGGAGUAUGACUUUAUGUUUAAAGAAAUACCUGGUGUGACCGCUCUUCACAUUGCAGGCGGAAAAAACAUCGAACCCGAGAUAAUCGAUCUUUUGGUUAAGUCCGGGGCGAAUGUCAGCGCCCAGGACGCCGAAGGAUUCACUCCCCUGCACUUGGCAGCGAUCCAUGGUAAUCUUAAAAUCGUGAAAAAGCUUGUUGAUCUCGAAGCUGACGUUAGUAUCAUCACAACCGAUGGAAAGAAUGCUGCUGAGUUAGCUCACUUGAAUGAAGAACUGGAGAUUGAGGAGUAUCUCAAGUCGAAGAUGUCUUCUUCGCAAAGAACAAAAAAAAAUGAGGUUGACUCCGAACGUGCAGACUUACUCAUAGAAGCUUAUGGUUUACCGGCCACAUUUGAAUUAACAGAACAUUUCAAGGAGCUGUACCUUUAA